UGAUUCAUCUCUAAUUUACAACUAAUGUUGGUGUUUACGAUCAGUGCUUUGCAUUAGUGGAAUCUCUGUCUCCAGUGCCAAACAUCUGGAGCUUCUCACGGCAUUAUGGGGACGAGGUGCCUGACCCCCAGUCAUCAUGCAAGCGGAACAUACUUGCUUGAGCAUUGCUGGCCACAUGAUUUCGUGUUCCUUAAUUACAUUUAACAGUGAUUUGGGUUUGUCUAGCAUGACUGACUAUUAAAAAGCUGGCAGGUAUCAUAGAGAAAAUCUCAUCAAUGAAAAGCCAACUCCUCAAAUCCUUCCUACCUCAGUACCUCUGUGCAGGGUUGCGUGUUUCUGUAACUGCUUUGUUAUCUUAAUUAACCCACUUUGAAUGUCUCUAAUUGAAAAGAGUAUUAAAGUCCAAAUUGGUGUAAGAUUCUUAAAACUAAGGUCACAACAAGAAGGUAGGUGCUCCUGUCCCCUUUUUAACGAAAGGUCACCGGAGGAGUUUAUGGCUAACAGUUUUCUCACAUGUACCUAAUGAGUUCCUCUGGCUAAUUUUCAUUGUAUAUAAUUCAUAUGACACUUUGAAGACAACUAGGAGAAGAUGAUAAAGUGUAGGUUUCAGUGUGUCCUGGGUACUGUGAUUCCCCAUGUGAUGCCUGCUGCAUGACACAUUUCUGUGUUCAGUUAUAUGACUCUCCAACAUACUGAAUGCUGUACACUAGCUUAACAUGUUGGACCAGAGCUGUAUGCAAAUGGCUUCAUUCCAAUACAAGAGUCAACAUGUUGAACUGCAUAGAAUAUAAAACAUUCAUAUUUUUGUACCACUAUUUCAUAUGAAUAUGUUGUGCCUAGUAUACUGCUCUCUUUCCUCUGGCUCUAGUCAGGCAUGAGAAUCACAGAUUGUUUUUGUCUCAAUCUUUACAUCUCACACGUGUACUAGGCUAUAUUUGAAUGUACAGACAACACUUUGCUUGUUUUGCAAUAUUCAAAAAACUAACUAUUUGGCUCUUAAAGAAAACAUUUAGAAUGCUAUCAUUACGCGCAGUAAUCUUUGCUUGAAUCUUCCCUUUCGGAGGUACUUGCGUUCCAGCUUUUGCUCUGUUUUGUCAGUUGUUCUCAUAGAAAGUUCUAGGCAAAAGGUGGAACUUAAGCCCCGCCCACUUCCAGCCUUUCUAUCCCUCCAGCAAUCCAUCAUCCAUACCACCCCUACACUAAUAAGCUCUAACAAUUUGUAAACACUUCAAUCUCACAGUUUGCUUCAUGGCAUUGUUAUGCAUGCUCCAAUACAUAUAUUUUCCUUUUCACAUUUAUUUUGAUACCUUUUGUUUCCUCUUCUUUGUCUUGUGUAUGAGUCCGUCCCUCCAUAGAUUUAAAAAAAAAAAAUGUUAUAGAACCAUAGGAAAUCUGUGUAAUAACACACACUUAUGGCAAUGGCUGGUACAAACGUGGCUAUACAGUAAAAGUACAUUUUUAGCUAAAGUUAACCCGUCUAUGAUUUUUAGGCUGUCUCCACAUGAUAAAUAGUGUGAGCUGAACUUCCAUAUUUAUAUAAGAGUACAUUCAGUCAUACAGUUUGUCAAUUAAUUUGAUUGACCAGUGAUGUGUAGUCAGCCAGACCCAGCUGCUUAUGAUAAUGCCUUGUUAGUUCCCUCGCUGCCUAACAUACGCCUAAAACUUCUCUUACCUUCUCCUCUUGUUUCUUUUCCACCUCCCCUCUGCUCUAAACCCUCUGACAUUAUAUCAUUACAUGUCUUUUCCCCCAUAUAUUUUCCUGCCAUUUUUAUUUUGUUUUAAAGUUUAUUCCACUUCCUUUCCAUCUCACUUCCAAACGUUGUGCCCACAAACUCUACCCUCCAUCCACACAUGCCCCCCCCCCCCCCCACCUCCCCUCUUGUUUGCGUAGGCCUGACCAGUCAGGGCGAUGGUCAGGGGGAAUCGGAGGUUCUGGAUUGGUUAGAAGAAGUGGAAGAGGGCGGCUCUGAUUGGUUAGACAGUUUCUUCACUUUCCUGUACGGUCUGAUAAACCCCCUGGAACACCUGGAGGAGGAGCAGGAGGAGUACCGUGCCUCAGGAGGACUCUACGAGGCACAGGAGGACGACGAGGAGGACGAAGAUGACCGGGGGGUCAGAAAAAGAGGAGCAAAUGAUAAUGGAUAUCAGGGCCAGAAGAUUGUCAUAGUCGGCCUACAUAACCAAUAGCCUCUACUCAACUGCAGCAGCCCGUUUAUCCUCGAAUGCAAUUUCCAACUGCAGGGUGCAAACAGAUACAUCGACAAAAUCAUUUUUCUGCUGACUUUAGAGAGUUUUGGAAACUUGACCAAGCUAGUCUCUUUAGAUAUGAAUGUCCAGUCCAACAUUGUGUUAUAAGCUCAACCAAUCAAAGGUUUUAAAAAAAGAUAUUGUCAAAUUUGACAAACGAGCUGGGAUAUGAACACGAUACUCAGGAACACUUUUUUUUAGAACAUAUAUUUCUUUGGCACAAAUGUGUUAAAACUAUUAAAAACAUUGAAUGCAAUUUCCACUUGGACAGCUGCUCCACUGUCCCUUUCUCCUAUUGCUGCAUGCAAUGAACACAUCCUCAGCCUUUCCUCGGACCCUUAACACAUAAAGUGUGUCUGGAUGAGAACAAAUUGGAUUUAUAAAGCUGACCUCCUGCCAACAUCUGGAGGUGGACUAGCGUUUAUAGUGAUGGUUCUCUGCCACAAGUAAUUGAUGCAAUCUAUUUUAAAAGUUAAGGUUGAGUAUGCAGGCUUAUUCCAGGAGGGAAAUAGGGGGCCUUGGACUCAUAAAUGGCGCAAAGUUUUUUAAUAAUAGAGUCAAGCUUCAUAUUAUUUGUCUUAUGCUAUUACUCUGCUAGAUAACAGCAUAUAUAACUUAUUUUUUUAAAUGGCAGACAUUGACAUGCCAUAGCAUUUUAGGGCCAUUCCACAAAAUGGAACCAAGCCAUUGUAAAUGUUUUUAAUUUCAUGUGCUUUUCUUACUAUGUCUUAAUUCCCACGCUGCCUAACGUAUGCCUAAAACGUACCUUCUCUUGUUUCUCUCCCGCCUCCCCUCUGACUAGUCAAAAUGCUGAUUUGAUUUAGAUCCCUUGGUUCCAUUCUUCUUUUUUACAUAUAAUGCACAUGUCUUACUCAUGUGAUUACUUAGUUAUCAGCCAUGAAGCCAACUUGUUUUGUUUAGUUCAGUUUGUGGCUGUGCACAAGUAGAAUACACUCAUGUUCUAUUGGUACCCCUCCAGUUUGUUUCUGUUCUGUGUGAACAAUGAGAGAACGGGCAGGUGAUGCAGAGGAGAGGCACGUUUGAUCCAUUAAGCUUCACUCUAUUAUGACACGGGGUGUGUGUAAUGAACUUGAUGGCUGUUGAAUGCAUGGAAGAAACCUGAUGAAGAAAUGGGUUCUUCCUGCUCUGGAUUCAAGCUACAGCUUUUCUAAAGAAUCAUCUACAUGAUGCUAUUGAUGCACAAAAACAAACACUGGAAGAUGAGUGACUAACAUCAUUCCAUAUCCACUCUAACAGGACCCUAACCCAUUCCUUUUUUUAAAUAAAGAAAUAAAAAGAACAAGCUUCUAAAUAAAGUAUUUCUAAGGACGAGGAUAACAACAUGAACUGUGCGCUCCUUCAUGGCACAGAAACAGCAGAUGAGCGAUGACUUUUCUUUUAACUGUGACAGUGAGCGCAUCGUCUCGAGGCUUAGGUGAGCUGCUGACUGUGUCCGUUUGAUGUGAGCCAUAGUUCAUAUUAACACAAUUCUUGUUCCUGGUAAUUGCCAUGACUGCUUUAUGAUAGAACUGAGGCAUCCUAUGAAAAAGGACUAUACCAUGCGCUCGUCAGAUUCUGCACAGCUGAGGUUGAGUUUAUCUCCUUGAUGUAUGGCCAAGUUAAGACGACAUAACAACAGUGGCUUCUGCGACAGAAUCAGUGUGGUUUGCUUCAGCUCGAGGCUGAGAUAUGCUUUAUUGUGCAACUGGUGGCGACUUGUGUUAAUGGACUGAUCUCUACAAACAGUGUGACCACUACAAAGGUAUAACCUGGAAACUGUCCCAGUGUUGUAACUUCUUGUUUGUUUGCAACAUCAGAUGAGAAAGCUGGAGGAGCAGCCGCCGGGGCAGGAUCAGAGAGAGGUAUCCUCCUGCAGCAUGUGCUCUUGCACUGGGCCACACUAAUGGAAUAAGAUCCAACCUCUCACAAAGCUUGUUAAUAAUCAUGGAGUUAUUAACCCGAUUUUUCAAGUGAAGAUUGACUUAAAAAUGUCUGAUUAGAACACCACUAGGGUCAACAUGGGUUUCUCUUCAGUACACUAAUGUUGGUCAUAUUUUUAACAAACCGGUGUAAAUCCGAUUUUGCAUCCGUUUUAAAUUGAGUAACAUACCAGUGUGAUGUAGAAGUCUACUCACUGCUUGGAGGUGAACGCAACAGUAUGGAAUGAACCGAUUUCUGGUUCUGCACAUGCCUGUUCCGUGCGUGCUGUUUUCCAGUAACUGAGUGAAUUUGAGCAUGGUCUUGGUCAGUCUGGAAGUGGUGAACAUCCAACAAUUUGUUGCCCAUCCAUUCCCAGAAUCCUAUCCAACUAAGGAUGUGGGCAGGAAGCUUCGUGAGGCUCUGAAGCAGCAGCUGACCAUCAUCCACGAACGUGUGGAGGCCAAGAAGAUCGCCAAGCUGGCUCUGGCUGAGGUCAGACAGCUCCUGGCCAAAGAGGAGGAGGAGAAGAAGCUGGAGCUAGGGAGAGACGAAAUAAGAGCCAGAGUGAAGGAACGAGUUGCAACGAGACUGCAAGUGGAAGAGGAGAAUAUGGAGAAAGAAGAGAUGAAGAAGGCUCUGGAGAAACUAAGGAAGGAAAAAGCAAAACAAGUGGAUGAGGAAAUCAAGGAGGAGAAAGAGGAGAAAUCCGAGAGUAAUAGGGAGGGGGAGGUAAAGAAGGCACAGGACGAAGACAAGUUGAGAGGGAAAGAGAAUGCCAAAGACAAACGAAAGGGGAGCAAAGCUGAGAAAUCUGCCAGAAAAGGCCAGAAAUGAAGAGAGAUGAUAUGAUGGUCGAAACACUGUUAUUGGCACUAUACAUAUUUCAAAUGAUGCCAGAGCUGUGUGUUGAACCUUUUCAACAAAAGGAUCUUAUAAAGUAAUUUUCUAGCUAAAAAGGCUUGUGUUGGUCAAUAGACUAGCGGGAGUGACUUUUAAGGGACUGCAAUAACCUUUAACAAAAGAUAAAUAGGCUGUAGUGAGCUGGCACAGUUGCUACACGUUUGGGGAAUUAUUUGGGAAUAACAAGUAAUAGUUUGAUUUGUUUUGGUCUGUACUGUUUGUUAAAGGAUAAAAAACUGCAUAAUGCAAAACAAGCACUGACAUUUCUUUUUCAGUAUGAUAUGUAGUUCUAAUGAUGUUUACAUUUUUGAGCUUUUCUAAAUGUAGGGGGAUUUGUGUUCAUAACCAAUUAUGUUUUAUUUUAUUUUGUCAAUAAAGUUUUAUGAUCCCUGCAAGUGCUUCCUUUCUAAUGUGAACUCCAAUCUUCUGUCUGUGGAAUCGCUGGAGUGCAUGUUGGCAAGACGCACAGCAAAUCAGAUCAAACUAUGGACCCGCAUGACCUAAGGCCAACAGCCAGUUUAGGCAAUCAAAAUAACUGUUGAAAUGCAACACAAACGUUGAGCCUAAGCCUAUUCUAAUAACUACAGAGUUCAUGAGAUAUCUGAUCAAACUCGAUUAUGUCCGCUAAAGAAACCCAAUGUCCUGUUGAGAAGCUUCCGAAGGUUCUUCCAAGGUCCUGUACAAGUUCCUCUCUGAUACACCACAUGUCCCACUAUUUAGUUUCUUCUUCAUAAGUGUGCAUCACUAUCAUACAUGUGGCAUAUUUAAAUCCAGAUGAAUUAAUAAUUAAUUAGGGAUGCACCGAUGCUACAUUUCUUGGCCGAUGUUAAGAAUAACAAUUUGGCCAAUACCGAUGUUUUAAUGUAAUUUUUUUCCACUGUUGUUAUUCCACUUUCUGCCAGGAAAAACAAAUUCUCGCAAAAUGGUUUCAAUUUCAAAGGCUGAGCAAGUUCGUUAUAACAUCAUAGUACCCCGUUUAGAAAGUACGCAGUGGAUGACCUGCAUCUGCCCGCUGUGAGGGGACCGGUGAGCGGAGCAAAACACACCUUUAGAGUUAGACCUAUCACACUUAGCUAUUUUAUCUACCUCUGAAGCUACCUACACUAGUUAUGAAUAUAUUUUUUCUUUACUGUCGGAUCACUCAUUACUGGAUCGGCGAGCUGCAUGAGACGGAUACUGACGGGCUGUCAGGAGAGAGAGGGAGGGAGAGAGAGCGCCCCGUUUAUUAUACCCGGGCCGUGUCAACGGAACACUUUUUGCAAAUCGCGGAUCUCUGGGUGAAAUAGUCCCCCACUGCCGACAUGUUUUUUAUUUUUAUUUUUAAUAUAUAAACGAACUACGGGUGCCGCAGAUGUUAUGACGGAACGCACAAAAAAAUAACAAAAGCAUCGUCGACUGCCAUCGGUGAAUGUCACAUCAUUUGCCGAUGGCAGUAAAUAGGGCGAACAUCGGCCGAUGUCUGGCCGAUGUAUCGGUGCAUCCCUAUAAUUAAUUAAUAUGAUCUGAUAUGUUUUCAGUAGGACAGAAGACUCAGUUAUGGUUAUGUAUCCUGUGUCUAUAAUGUACAUGUAUAUUGUGGCAGCAACAUGUGCAUUCAUCUCUGAACCUAUCACUGGUCCUGCCUGACUCUCAUCAUCCUACUUCCCUGAUGGCUCCCACAGGAUUGUUGACAU